AUGGAAAAAGUACACGAGAAACAUCAAAAAAGGCACACUUUCAUGGAAUCUUUGGGGGAAAAUACUCAGGACUCAUUCUUCGAGCUCAAAGCGGCCAGAAGUAGUCCCGGUUACACACAAAUAGGAUUAGUCAAACGGACGCUAGCCGGGGUAGCAAACGAUAACCUCCGCUCAAUUCUACUCUUAGCUGCUAUCAAAGUUGAAGCCAUUCAUAUUCCUGGCAUCGACAAUGAGUUAGCAGAUGCGCUAUCUAUAUCCAAACAUGAGCUGAUUGCUAACUGGUGUCCUCAUUGUGGAAUUAAUGCAAAAGCCACCGAAACGGGAGAGGAAAAGAAAGCGCAUACGCAUGUGUUUACAGAUCUGAAUGAGCUUGAGAAGGGAGAAUGGGACUUUGCUUUCUUUAGACGCGAGAAAUUAAGGAAUUGGGCCGACGAGAGUGAAGAAAGAGUAUGCUGGACUAUAGAAGUUGAUGCGAAUGUUGUCAAAGGUGUUGAGAGCGAAAUUGGUAUCGUUGAAAUCCUCGACCAAAAAGAUUCUACCGGCGAACGAGGUGACAAAACUGCAAUGGGAAAUGAAUUGAAGGAGUUAACGGAUAAUAACAGGGAAGAGAAAUGUAUUUCGGACGAGAAAGAGAAGAUUGCGAAGGAAAAGGUGUUGAAGUAUUAA